AUGGAUGGAGCCUACGAUUAUACGAUCAGCGCACAGGACUUUGACCCGGACAUCAUAUUCCCUGGGAUUGUUACCCUCUACAAGCCAUUCUACAGACCCAACUCACACCCGUACAAGAAAGCGAGUUCAAAAAGCAAAUCCUCCGUUGCCUUACCACUAUGGUGUAUGGAUCCAAUAAUGAUUAAGCCCGCUAGAUGCGGUUAUAGCAUCACAUUAAAGCUUUGCAUGGCCAUCUUCCACGGGGAGAAGAUACCCGAAGAUAUUGGAGAAACGAAGGAAGGGUUCUUAGAAUUGAAAAACCAUCUCCCACGCAAUGAUAUUCCAGUUAACGUUUCCGCAGUUUUACGAAGUCGCCAUGAAACUGUCCGACAUGCUAAAGCUACCUCGUGUAUGAUCACGCAACUUUGCCUUCAUAGUGAAGGUAUUAGUGAAGGGAUCAUCCUCCAGGCCCAUGGAAUUCUUACGCACAGAGUUGACGCUGAGACCACUCCCUGGGAAGAAUACAGUGGUGUCUAUCGUACGGGCGAGGUCUCCGCGGCUCUCCAUCCGUUCCCUCAUCACAGUCUUAUGCCCUACAAAAUGAAAGCAAUGGUCUGCGAGCUGCAGUCUGACCUAAAAGAAACCAUUGCUAAAGGAACGGUUGACCCUAUCGCCAUUGCUUCGGAAUAUACCCACAUCUUCGUUAACAUUGAUCCUUUUGUUGACGGCAAUGGACGUAUGUGUCGUCUGGUAUUGAACUCGAUACUCCUCCAGCUUGGCAGCUUUCUUGCAUGCAUCGGCGAGAAGGAAGAAGACCGCGCCCUUUACUUGGAAUUUGCCAGCAAUGGAAGUGCACUUGAGGAUAUAUAUGGAGAUCUUGAGGAGGAUGAGAGACCGAUCAUGCACAAGGAGCUAGGAAGUUUUAUUAUCCCGCAUGUUAAGAAGAGCAUGGGUAAGGUGAUGAUGCUCUUGUAA